AUGGCAGCGCUGAGGCAGGAGCAUCGCUAUGGACUCUCCUGCGGACAAAUACAAAAGGGCUGGACGAACAAGAGUAUGUUCCACGUGAAACUGACUGACACGGCUCUGCGGACCCUGGAGGGCUUUCAGAGCCUCAAGGUGUCAGUGUCUCAGCGGCCGACCAUCAGCUUCAGAGGAAACCAAGGGUAUUUGAAGAUCCCAGCCCCGACUCCAGAGUAUCCUGAUGGAGUUAGAGUCUUCUCCUUCUACUUAUCCAACGAAAGCAAAGACAAACCUCAGUCCAGUUUCGUCUGCAUCCAGCAAUAUGUUUCAGGUGAGGGCAAUGAUCUCCUGGAGGGAAAGGGCAGUAUCCAGGACAAAAUAACGAUCUGUGCCACUGACGACUCGUACCAGACGACCCGCGAGCGCAUGUCCCAGGUGGAGAAGGACACGUGGAGCCGCUCUGCCAUUGAGAUUGAACUGGCCCCUGGUAAGUUUGGAAAGGCCCAUAGGAAGCAGCCGUUAGUCUCAGGAACAGAUGGCUCCAACAAACUCUCUCCGAGCUACAAGAGGACCUUGUUCCCACCCGCACAGCGCCCUCUACUGGAGAGAAUCAUUCACCACCUCGCCCUGAAGCCCCUCCGCAAACCAGAGCUGCUGAGAAGUCUGGAGCGGGAUGGGGUCAGUGCCAAAGACAAGGCUGACCUGAGCACAGCACUGGAGGAGGUCAGCACUCUGAAUCCAAAAGACCACAGCUACAUUUUGAAGGAGGAGCUGUUCAGACAAGUGCAGAAAGACUGGUCCGGAUACACGGAGGAGGAGAGGGCGCUGAUCCACAGGCUGCUCAUCAGGAAACUUGCGCCUCUCCACAUGGGUCAGCUCAGGAGUCCUCAGUCCAACUAUUCGUCCAUCAGAGCUGCCGGAGACUCGCCAUCUCCACUGAGCCCGGCUAAAUCUGUGAAACGUCCGUUGAACCCUGCCUUUUUGAACUGUAAAACCCCAAAGAAGCAGCGACUGGAUGUGAGUCAGGACGCCUCUCCUCGCCACGCGGAGAACGGCGCACACGUCCGGCUGCAGUAUCCAGCAUCCAGCCCCCUGUCGUCCCCUCACAAACUGUCGUCCCCUCAUAAACUGGGAGGCUCCACCACCGUGAGCGCCUCGCCCCACAGAGAGAGGGUCCUGCCCGCCUCCCCUCUGCCCAGAGCCCCGUGCAUGGACAGUCCACCGUUCACUAACAGCCACUAUAAGAAGAAGCAUAAGAAGCACAAAGAGAAGGAGAGAACGCGUUUGAAACCAGACUGGAUCGAGAGCAGCCCACGUCAGAAGACACAAGAAAACACAGAAGAACGGGAGCCGGAGAGCACACGUGACAGUCGAAUAGAGGAACCGCCAGACUAUUUAAUAAAAUACACACCUAUCACCUCGAUGGAGCAGCGGCAGCAGUACCGGGGGGACUUCAGCGCAGAGUAUGAUGAGUACAGAGCUCUUCACAACCACAUCCGGACAGUCACCGACAUGUUUAUUCAGAUGGCCUCCCAGAUCAACACCCUCUCCCCAGGAACGCAGGAAUACAAGCUUAUGGAAGAUCGGAUCAUGCAGAAGUACAAGAAAUACAAGAAGAGAUUCCCUGGUUAUCGGGACGAGAAGAGGCGCUGCCAGUUCCUUCACCAGAAACUGUCUCACAUCAAAGGCCUGAUCACAGACUACGACCGAGCGCACGGACUCACAUAG